AAUUUGCCCUACUAAACACAAUCUGGCCCACUGAGCAGGUACAAAGAUCUGUUUUAAAACCUAAUUUUCCACAUUGCAAUCCACUGCUGUCUAAGAAUAGUACUGAUCAACCAUAAUUCUUUUUUUCUUUUCUUUUUAAAGCCCAUUUCACAUCCAACUCGCUCAGAUUGCUGGUGGAACAUCUUUUUCUCGCCCUUUGCUGAACUUACUAAACCUGAUGGCUACUUCUCCAUACUUCAUGAACUUCCAUUCUAAUACCCUUGAAUUUGAAGAUUAUGACCUCUCAAAAAUCAGUUCCUUGUCACAAAGCUUCCCUUUUCAACAAACCCAAUCAGGCGAAUAUAAUCAAUCUGUUGUGGAAUGCUAUGAGAGAAGCUCAGAUAGUCCUCAAGUUAACCCUAGCUAUAUGGAAAACAUGGCUAAUUCUACUCAUUCCAAAGAAAAGGAGACAAUCGUGCAUCCCACUAAGCAAGUCACUCACAAAGUGAUUGAAAAGAAGCGGCGCAGAGAAAUGAAUGAUCUCUAUUCACAACUGAGGUCAUUACUUCCCCAUGAAAGUCUCCGGGGAAAGCGAUCUAUAUCAGACCAAUUGCUAGAGGCAGUUAAUUACGUUCGCCAUCUGGAGCAGCAGAUCAGAGACCUCACCAAGCAAAAAGAUAAUAGAAAUAUUGGAUCAGUAUUUUCUAGGGCUCUGGAAGUUUCCGUUACCCUAGAAUUUAAUAAAUCAGGUGAGGGUUUCCCAUGUGUAAAAACAAAAUUGGUUGGUUCAGCGUCAAUUCAGAUCUCUAUCAACGCCUUCAAAAGUCCGGUUGCCUUAUCGGGCCUUCUUUUGGUGUUAGAAGAAGCUGGGCUUGAAAUUGUCACUGCUGCUUCUUUUGCAACUAGUGAAAGAUUCUUUCAUGUUGUAUAUACCAAGGUGGCAAACCCUAACCCUAAUAACAUCGAUGAACUCUGUGUGAAACUUAGGCAUUUGAUCAUGGAAAGGAAAAGUCAGGAUGGUGAUGCUGAUAAAUCCUAGUAUGUUUAAUGACUAAGUUCCACUAUCUUCAGUUUUGGUAGACUCUUAUCUACAUAAUGCACUGCAUCAUCUUGUGAUCACAGGCUUUCUUCUGUAAAUUACCAUCAAGCCAUUUCUGUUGAAAUUAAGAUUGACUGCUUAAUCCUCGUGUCUUUCAAUUAGAACAAUAUGUGUAAAGGUGAUUGAUACUCCAGUUAUACUGCUGUUACUGCUCUCAGUCAAAAUGGAUAAAGUUGCAGAUCAUGUGGAAUGUAUGAGUUGUUUUAAGUUCAUGGCUAACUGAAAAUAGCAGAUCUCUCUUAUCUACUUCGCAGGAAUUUUCUUUAU